AUGGGAAUUCGUCUACCUUCUCUUCUCUUUAGUGCCAAACAAAUUCUGAAGACACAGUCAGUAUCUGUACAAGGUCAAUCCAACGUACCCAAAGGUCACAUUGCAGUAUACGUGGGAGAAAUUCAGAGGAAGCGGUUUUUGGUUCCAAUAUCUUACUUGAACCAUCCUUCAUUUGUAAAUUUGCUCAGUAGGGCUGAAGAAGAGUUUGGAUUCAACCAUCCAACAGGAGGUUUGACCAUUCCCUGCAAUGAAGAAGCCUUCAUAGAUGUCACCUCCAGACUGUAUACUUCAUAAAAGAUUGAAAAAAAAAAAAAGAGCAAUCCAACUUGCAGUUUUGACCACUUUUCUUUUCAUUUUCUGUCUAUAGAAGGUAGAGUUGAAUGUCAAUGUAAAGGGAAUCUUUAUAUGUAGAUGAUUAGAUAAGAAAAGGUGGAACGAAGCCACUUGAACAUCAAUGACAAAUAUCAGUUGCAAUG